GCUGCGUGAGAAGAAUCCUGCCAUUAUCGCCUCUGAAGAACAAAGCUUCAUUCACCGGCAGAUUCACCGCCGUCACCGGCAAGCAGAUUACCACCGGUAGAUUCACCGCCGGAAGAUUCACCGCCGCCACCAGCAAACUGAUUACCGUUUGCCAAACCAAAAACUCGCUCGUCCAACUCAUCCUCAUCAGGAUUCCGUCGACCAGACCGAACAGAUUCAACAGUGCCAACGUCAAUACCACUGCGAAUUCCAGAAUCUCCUGCUCGUACCUCUUCUUCUGAUCGCCGUCCAUUACUUUGGUUGUAAUCGCAAAAGAAGUCUCCCAAAACCCUAACGUCCUGCCGAUCGUGUCCACCAAUGCGAAGGCGUGCGGAGUCGUUCUUCGUAUCAGCCACAUCCGUUUUUAAGCAGGAGAAAAGAGAGGGAGGAAACUGUGAGGAGGUCUUUUUCACUUAGCUACAGCUCCGGCUUGGGUGAAAGAAGAAAAAACGAAAAAGAGGAAUAAAGGAGGCGGAGACCAGACACGUAAGUCAAGCUUCUUCUCUGUUAUGGGGGAUGACUCUGAUAGUACCUCCCAAGAUGGCAGGGAUGAAGAUGACGAGGAUGAGUAUGAGGAAGCUGGUAAGGGUAAACUGCUGGGGUUCAUGUUUGGCAAUGUUGACGAUUCGGGUGAUCUAGAUGUUGAUUACCUUGACGAGGAUGCUAAGGAGCAUCUUUCUGCACUUGCUGAUAAGCUUGGUCCAACUCUAACAGAUAUAGACUUGUCAGCAAAAUCACAACGAACACCUGCUGAUACUGCUGAAGAAGAUUAUGGUGAGAAGGCAGAAGAUGCUGUUGAUUAUGAGGACAUUGAUGAACAGUAUGAGGGACCAGAGGUACAGGCUGCUUCUGAAGAAGACUAUUUAUUGCCCAAAAAAGACUUCUACUCUACAGAGGUUCCAUUGUCUGACUUAAAGCAAACAACUUCUGUAUUUGAUGAUGAAAAUUAUGAUGAAGAUGAAGAUGAUAUUGAAAGAGAGCAUGAGUUGGUGGACAUUGUUGCUAAAAAUGAUAACAUUCAUUCAGGUCCACUCGGUGAUAGUAUGGAAGUGGUUUCAGAAGGAGAACAACACCCUAUUGAUGAUAACUCAUUCAGCUCGCCGGAGAUGGAGCACAUAUCAGCUGAUUCAGCAGAUGACAUAGAGGAGGAGCUAGAAGAUAUAAAGGAGCAACCCGAUGAAAGAAAAUCAACCUCGCUCCCUGUUCUUUGCAUAGAGGAUGGAUCAGCAAUUUUGCGUUUCUCAGAGAUUUUUGGCAAUUUUGAACCUUUGAAGAAAUCUGAGAGGAGAGACAACAAAUACAUAUUUCUCAAAGAGAGAUACAUAUCUAUGGAUGCUUCUGACAUUGUUGAAGAGGAUGAAGAGUCAUUCUUAAGGAGUCGUUGCCAAGUUUCUUCUGUUCCGAGGCAGGUUCAUGCCAUUCAAGAUUCCAUGUCUAUGGGUGCUGAAUCAGAUGCUACCAAUCUUGAUAUGACUCAGGUUGCUUCAUCUCUGGGUCCACAAGUUAGACGAAGCAAGGAGUCUCAUCUUAGUGCAGAGCCUAUGAAAGAGGAUGUAGUAGCAGAUCCUUUCUCUGAGUGGAGCUCUUCAUUGAGUGGUGAACUUUAUCUUCUUGACCUGCAAGAUUGGGAAAAUAAUAUUGUAUGGGACAAUUCCCCUGCCAUGAGUGGCAAUGCUGCAGAGAGCUGUGAGAGUCCUGACCCUGAUUCUGAAGCGAUCUUCAAUGCAGAAACAGAGGGUGAAAUUGGCCAGCCGAAUUUCCAGGCAGAGAGCCAAGAAGAUUCAAAUGAAAAAGAUUUCAGAUUUUCCCUUAGUAGCUGUCAUAUAUCAGUGGAGCCCUUUGGCGCAAACGAAAUUUCAGGUGCAAGAGACCAGAUCUUGGAGCAAAAAUUCCAUCCCCAGCAUUUAAGGCUAGAAUCAACAUCAAUAAUGGAUGUUGCGGACAGUGUAGAUUUUGGGAAGGAUGGCACCUCCGAAGAGACUAAAAAAUCUGAUAUCAUUAAUCAUUUGAGCAGGCUAUCAUUGCAGAAUAGGGAGUUAAUAGCAGAGUCUUGGUUGGAUAGGAUAGUUUGGGAUCCACAUCAGUCCAUCCCAAAACCAAAGCUAAUCUUUGAUCUUCAAGAUGAACAGAUGCUCUAUGAAAUUCUGGACAUCAAGGAUGGUAAGCAGCUCCAGCUUCAUGCUGGGGCAAUGUUCAUAACUCAAUCUUCUAAGUCGGGUACUGGGGAUUCUGUAGAGCCAUAUGGGCAUAAUGUUGUAAGUGUUGCACAAUUCAACAUUGCCAACGAUAAGUACUAUUCAAACAGGAAAGUGUCUCAACAAUUGAAAUCACAUUCCAAGAAGCGCACUGCUCAUGGUGUCAAGGUUUUGCAUUCAAUACCUGCCCUUAAACUGCAGACGAUGAAGCCAAAGUUGAGCAAUAAAGAUAUUGCUAACUUUCAUCGCCCAAGGAGUCUUUGGUACCCACACGAUAACGAGGUUGUGGUAAAGGAACAAGCGAAGCUCUCUACACAGGGACCAAUGAAAAUUAUAUUGAAGAGCUUGGGGGGCAAAGGAAGUAAGCUUCAUGUAAAUGCUGAGGAGACAGUUUCUUCUGUCAAAGCAAAAGCUUCAAAAAAGCUAGAUUUUAAACCUAUGGAGUCAGUGAAAAUAUAUUAUUCUGGAAGGGAACUCGAAGAUCACGAAUCUCUUUCUGCACAAAAUGUGAGACCAAACUCCUUGCUUCAUCUUGUUCGUACAAAGAUACAUCUGAUGCCAAGAGCUCAGAAGCUUCCUGGUGAAAACAAGGCAUUGAGACCCCCUGGGGCAUUCAAGAAGAAAUCUGAUCUCUCUGUUAAAGAUGGCCAUGUAUUCCUCAUGGAGUACUGUGAAGAAAGACCUCUACUGCUAGGAAAUGCAGGGAUGGGUGCUAGAUUGUGUACUUACUAUCAAAAAACUAGCCCUGGAGAUCAAACUGGGAACUUGUUGCGCAAUGGAAGCAACACUCUGGGGACUAUUAUUACACUUGACCCUGCUGAUAAAUCUCCAUUUCUUGGUGAUAUAAAAGCUGGUUGCAGUCAAUCAUGUCUCGAAACCAACAUGUACAGAGCUCCAAUUUUCUCUCACAAAGUGUCGACAACAGAUUAUUUGCUGGUUAGGUCUGCUAAAGGAAAGCUUUCCAUCAGAAGGAUAGAUGGGCUCCAUGUUGUUGGACAGCAGGAGCCGCAUAUAGAGGUAAUGAGUCCAGCAUCUAAAGGUGUCCAGGCGUACAUUAUUAACAGGCUUUUAGUGUUCAUAUACCGUGAGUUUUGGGCUGUGGGGAAACGUGGUUUGCUUCCAUGUAUUCGUGCAGACGAGUUGUCUGCUCAUUUCCCUAGCUUGUCUGAAGCUUUCUUGAGGAAAAGGUUGAAGCACUGUGCUGAUUUGCAGAGGAGAUCAAAUGGACAGCUAUUUUGGGUCAUGAGGCGUAAUUUCAGCCUUCUACUGGAGGAGGCACUAAGGAGGAUGGUGACACCAGAAAAUGUUUGUGCAUAUGAAAGCAUGCUAGCUGGACAGUAUAGGCUGAAACGUUUGGGAAUUACCAGGUUAAUUCAGCCCACCGGCCUCUCAUCUGCAAUGAGUCAGCUCCCGGAUGAAGCAAUUGCUUUAGCUGCUGCAUCACACAUAGAAAGGGAGUUGCAAAUAACGCCAUGGAACUUGAGUAGCAACUUUGUUGUAUGUACAAGCCAGGACAGGGAUAAUAUUGAGCGGUUAGAAAUUACUGGUGUUGGUGAUCCAUCUGGACGCGGAUUAGGUUUCAGUUAUGUUCGAACAGUUCCAAAGGCACCAAUAUCAAAUGCACCGUCAAAGAAAAAAGUAGCUAUUACUCGUGGAGGUUCUACUGUAACUGGAACAGAUGCUGAUCUACGUAGACUGAGCAUGGAAGCUGCUCGAGAGGUUCUCCUUAAGUUCAAUGUUCCAGAAGAACAAAUUGCAAAACUGACCAGAUGGCAUCGAAUUGCCAUGAUCAGAAAGCUUUCGAGUGAACAAGCUUCAACAGGAGUGAAGGUUGAUGCAACUACUAUCAACAAGUAUGCACGUGGCCAACGGAUGUCUUUUGUUCAACUUCAGCAGCAGACAAGGGAGAAGUGCCAGGAGAUCUGGGAUCGACAGGUUCAAAGCCUUGCAGCCAUUGAUGGUGAUGAAUUUGAGAGUGAUACGGAAGCACACAGUGAUCUUGAUUCCUUUGCGGGUGACUUGGAAAAUCUGCUUGAUGCUGAAGAAUUCGAAGUGGAAGAUGGUAACUUUGAUUCAAAACAUGAUAAAGUCGAUGGUGUAAGGGGAAUUAAGAUGAGAAGACGACAAUCGCAAGCUCAGGCUGAGGAAGAGAAUGAAGAUGAAGCUGCUGAAGCAGCCGAAUUAUGCCGGAUGCUAAUGGAUGAUGAUGUGUCAGAGCGGAAGAAGAAGAAGAAAACUCGGGUUGUAGCAGAUGAUAAUGGAGUGACACCUGGCAUGGAGUUCAGUCUCGAUAUAGAAAAUGCAGAACACCCAAAGAAAACUAAUACAAUGAUGAAAAAGAGUGCAACCACAGCAAAGUCUGUUGAAUUCUCACUGAAAGACGAUACUGUUCAAGAGCCUAAAAAGGAAGAAAAUAUCCAUAUUAAGAAGGGCCAAUCUUCCAAAAUAAAAUCAAUGAGAAAGGAUGACAUGGAUAUGGAGCGAAUUGGCUUGUUUACCAAGAAGGUUAAAAUAUUGGGGGAUGGGAUCAAGGGCAUCAAAGAAAAGAAAUCAGCCAGAGAGAGUUUUGUGUGUGGAGCAUGUGGCCAGCUUGGGCAUAUGAGAACAAACAAACACUGCCCAAAGUAUAGAGAAGAUACAGAAGCAUAUGUUGAAAUCAUGGAUCAGGAAAAGACACCCAUACCCCCUGAUCGUCUUAAUCAGUCUCAUCCAAAAACUGUGAAAAAGCUUAUAUCGAAAGGAGCAACAAAAAUUGCUGUGAUAGAAGCCCCAGAAGAUGAUAACAGGUCAACCUCAAAGACCAAAACCUUAAAAGUGAAAUGCGGCUCCUCUACUGACAACAAGAUUUCAGAUAAGUUUCUCCCUCCUACACCCUCAGUGAACUCGAGAGAAUAUUCAGAGCCUAUGACUAAUAAACCUGUAGUCAAAGUCAACAAAAUAACAUUCUCCAAGAAGACAGAGCACGAGUUCUCUUCCCAAGUCGAGUCUCACAGGCAGCCUUCUGUUGUGAUAAAACCACCCGGGCCUUCUUCUUCUGAUAGAGAGCAGUCUCGCAAGAAGAUCAUUAUUAGACAACCGAAAGAGGUUAUUAAUGCGGACCAGGUAAGUCAGGAAGGUAGUUCGGGUUUCGAGUAUAGAAAGAUAAAGAAGAUUGUGGAAUUGCCACAAAACGAGCAGCAGGAGAGAAAGAGUUCAAUUGAGGUAUCGGCACUGAGAAAAAUGAGAGAAGAUGAAAGGUGGUGGGAAGAGAAGGAGAGGGAGAGAGAAGAAAGAAACAGGAGGCUUUGCGAGCAAAAGAGGAUAUAUGAAGAGCAAGAGAAAUUAGACGAGCUUAGAAGAUAUCAAGAAGAUAUAAGACGGGAGAGGGAGGAAGAAGAACUAGAGAAGGCGAAGAGGAAGAAAAAGAAGAAGAAACCGGAAGUGAGAGAUGAUUACUUGUUAGAUGAUGAUCUCCCACCGAGGAUGAUCAACAACAACGAUAGGCUAUUAACAUUACCAGAGAGGGACCACCGGGCUUCAAAGAGGAGGUCGGUUGUAGAGUUGGGACGAUAUGGUGCUGACUAUGCUCCGCCUGCAAAACGUCGAAGGGGUGGAGAGGUUGGUUUGUCAAACAUAUUGGAGACCAUAGUGGAUACCCUACGGGCAAGAACGGAUAUAUCGUACCUAUUUCUUAAGCCGGUGACAAAGAAAGAAGCUCCAGACUAUCUAAAGAUUAUAGAGAGACCGAUGAACCUUUCGACAAUUAGGGAGAAGAUAAAGAAUCUAGGGUACAAGAAUAGACAGGAUUUCAGGCACGAUGUUUGGCAAAUAACAUACAACGCUCACAAAUACAACGACGGUCGCAACCCAUGUAUUCCUCCCCUUGCGGAUCAACUUCUGGAGCUUUGCGAUUUUUUGUUAGAUCAAAAUGAUGCUGCCUUGGCGGAAGCGGAAGCUAGCAUUGAUUUUAUGGAUUAAGCUUAAUCAAUCAUCCAUCUGCGCAGGCACUUGUUUAUAUUGCUGUUUGCUUGCUUGUUUGUUGUAUAUCAAUCAUCGUAUAGAAGAAGAAUUAUGUAAAUUCUGAGGUAUGUGUACAUUUGAGAUAUUAUUAAUUGGAAAUGAAUGAAUGAAUGAAUUCAUGGAU